UCCACAGCAACUGAAAUAGCACAUCCACUGGGUUUGUGUUUCGGCUCCAAAAAGGCCCAAAACCAUUCAUUCAUUCAUUCAAUUUCAAUUCAAUUCAAUUUUUAGAUGCUCCCCACCACAGAUCAUCGCCUAAAUUUAACCUCCAAAUGAUAUCAAUCCGCACUCUCCUCGCUUUAUGAACAAUCUUAAUACUAUGGGGAAGCGCAAGCCAGGCUCUGAUCAGACCCACCACGAUCGUCCUCAUCAUCUCUCCGGUAUAGUGCCAUUUUCCAAUCAAAUGGAUGUGCGGUCAGAAGAGCAGGAUCGGAGUCUCGCCCGUCCAAUAUUCAUGAAACGUUCACGUCAUCAGUAUAGCCAUCAAUAUUGUCGACGAGGUUCAACCAGUCAAGAAAAUGCAUCCACCUCCCGCGAAAAUCGAGUUCGAACCAUACUCGAAAAACGUCCCACUUUUAAAUUUGCAGCUCACUGCAACUCAGAGUUUCCAGAUCAUAUAGAGAGCAAUGAGCGCACCUUCUUGAGGCCAGAAAGGAUAAGGUACAAUUCCUCAGGGAAGGAUACAAUUUCAUCUCAUGGAAGGAAAAUAGUAUGUGGGAUUUGUCAAAAGCUGAUGAGACGAAAGCUUUGCUUCCUCGGCAACACGUUGUCUUCCAGUGAACUUCCCGUUGCUGCGGUUUUGGUAUGUGGCCAUGUCUAUCAUGCAGACUGUCUGGAGAACGGGUCAAACGUCGAAGAUAGAAGCGACCCCCGUUGUCCAUUGUGUAUGGAACCGCCUGCAAAAGUCGACGAUUCAAUCGGGCAGGAAUGAGUUGAGUUGUACAUACGUUAUCGCAUAGCACCAACAUAGGAAAUAGACAUAGUGAUAAUGAGUCGAAAAAUGACGACUUGUUUUGCAUAGAUUGCUUCUUGGAUAGAACUAGAUCGAUAAACGCCAUAAGCCCUUUCGGAUUAUUGUAGCAGUAGAGGAUUUUAGUUGAGACAUCGUUUCUUCUUGGAUUAUAAUCAGACAUCUUCACUAGUUAA